UUGACCGAGCAGCCACCACACGAUAGAACGUGGCAUGCUGGGGUAGAUUUCUGAGUAAAAGCCUGAGGAUAAGUGGGAUAACCAGACAUGAUUUCAAAUGAUGACUGCAGCACAGAUGGGAAAUCAUUAUACCAUAACACAGGAAACAAAGGAUCUAUGAGCACGGUCAGAGUCGGGUCCAGAAGUCUUCCUAUGUAUCCGCUGGUGAUUGUGUGUUUAGGACUACUAAACACUGUUCUGCUGCUAGCUGCAGUUGUUAUUGGGAUUUACUCAGGUGGUGUAGUCAAUGAAGAGGACCCUUCCCACCACAUAACAACAGAAAUGCUUUCAACAGAGGUGAAGCAACUUCAGAUAAUGCAGAGUGAAGCCAAUAAAGCUGUUGAAGAGGUCCAGAAAAAUGUAAAGAAAGAGAUGCAGAGCCACCAGAACCUUAAACUGCAGAUAGAGCAGAGUAAGAUCCUCAGUGACGACCUUCAGAGACAGAUUGAGACACUGCAAGUGGAGCAAGCAGUACUGCAGGCCAGUUCAUCUGAUAUUUCGGACAGUUGUGGACGAUGCCCUUUUGGAUGGUUUUUAUUGAACACAACAUGCUACUUCCUCUCUAACUCAGAAACCAUUCCUUUAAAGAGCUGGCCAGACAGUAGAACAGACUGUAUCCACCGUGGGGCCGACCUGGUUGUGAUUAAUAACUUUGAGGAACAGGUCAAUCUUUAUGAGUUCCUACCAAAAGUGGCAAGCGGUCAACCAUGGUGGGGUAAGGGACAAGGAGUCUGGAUUGGCUUUACAGAUAUUCAGACAGAGGGUACUUGGGCGUGGGUAAAUAACGUAACCCAGCUGGAUCAAGGGUACUGGAUAGAUGGGGAGCCCAAUAACCAUGGAAUAUUAGGUGAGCACUGUGCAGCAACCGUGAAGCUGGACAGACCUACGAAAACGUGGUAUGAUGCAAGCUGCGAAAAUACCAAGCAAUGGUUAUGUGAAAUGGCACCCAACAACAAGCUAUGGAGUCCAUGACCAUCAUAUGACAAGAGAAGACUAACUCACAGAUAUCUACUGUACCAUAUCAAGAUUUAUUGUUUGUACAUUUAUUUGUGCAUGAAUAAAUACAUGGAAUAUAUAAACAAAUAUAAUGCAUUGGUGCUUUGGUUGCUAACCAUAUCCUGGCUGUAGCUUCAUUUUUCACAGACAGAUGUAAGAGUGGCUUCCAGCUUGUCAUCUACUCUUGGCAAGAUACUGAAUAAGAAUAUUUACCAACAUGUGUAACUACUCCUUUAACAGCUUCAGCUACAGGCUUCAACAG